AUGUCGAAAAACUAUUUGGGCAGUAGCGUUUCCGAUCGUGCCCCCGCUAGGACCACUCAUAAGAAAGACUAUUCGGAAGACGACCACCAGUUGUUCUCGGCGUUGUAUGAGCUUGGACUCCUUGCCCCUCCGAAUAAGGGAAACAGGAGGCGAGAGAAGGGCAAGGCCAAGGAAUCUCAGAGCAGCAGCCGGGUUGCAGGAUCGCACCCAAAACCUGAUACCCGUGCCGGCGCUGGAUCAUCCCGUUCACACCCUCGACCGCCCGCUUCCUCCUCAUCGUCGCUGACGUCGGGGAGCAGUAGAGGGUCUCGAGACCUCCGCAAUCGAGCCGGUGGUGGAAUGGCAGGAAUGUUGGAUACGGAUAGGAGCCGCACGCGGCGCGAGCGAACGUUCGUCGGCAGUGAGUGUGCGGUCUGCGAGGAACCAUUAGAGCACACCCUUCGCGGCGAACGCAUCCUCCAGUUCUCGUGUGGCCAUGUUUCCCACGAGGCCUGUUUCUAUGAGUACAUUAAGGAGUUUGAGUCGCAGUACUGCCCGACUUGCAAUGCACCAUUGGGCCUGGAUACAAGUAGAGGCGGGAAUGUGUUGGAUAUUGGUAAGAGUUUCGACGAGGGUUCGUUCUCCUGCCAGCUUACUGAUUUGCGUUAUUUUGCAGAGAAGCUAAGUAGCAUUGUGCGGUCAGUCUCCACGAGCGAAGGCAUGUCCAGAUCACAACAAACCACCCCGACUCCAUGGGACAGUCAAACCGUCCGGCCACAUAACACGGAAGAGACUCAGCGGCAAGGUAGGGACAGCAGCCGGGAUGCAAGAGGCAGCAACAACGGCAGCAGCAAAGAUAGUAGAGAUAGUAGGGAGCGAGAAAAAUACGGCAGUUCGUCACGGAAUGGACAUACUCGAAACGACUCUGAACUUACUGGCACUGCAUCAUCUGCAGGAUAUUCAGACACCGGAGCAAGUGGCCCCCCACGCCGACACGACUAUGAUGUUCAAUCCAUGGAAGCCAACAUCAUCAGCCCCAGAGCAAGUGUCGCAAGGAAUCCUAUUCCACCGCCGUUAGUUAGCGUUCGGUCGGAAUUCCCUACUUUGAGUCGAUCACGUCACCAGCAAACCUUGACUUGUCUCGUCACAAUUGAGGUUCCAGAUAAUAAAUGGCGACCGGAUCCUGAUGAUUUACGACCCGCUCCUCCCGUUCCGUCGAUACGUCCAGAGGAUACUUAUGCCAGACCACCAUCCCCCGCGCAGAGCGCACCUCGUUUUUAUCCCUACGAGUCACCUGAGGUCUUGGACGAGAUCACAGAGAAUCUUCGCAUGAGGGUCGAGAAUUGGCAUGGGCUUGAUUUCAACCGAUUUGGUAAACUUCGCCUGUACGGCACGAUCCGGGUGGGAAAAGACAAGCAAUCAUGGCAGGAAUUGGAGUGCUUUCUUUUCGCAGAGAUGCUUAUCUGCGUCAAGGAGAAGAAAGUACCGAUCCCACCAGGUUGGGAUGACGGCGCCUCAACGCGGAAAAACACCCGUUGCACCCUCAAAGGUUCAAUUUUAAUCAAAAAGCACCUCAACGAAGUUUCCGAGUCUGGUAGUGGUAAAGCCAACCUUGGUCAGACCGAGAGAAUUACCAUGUCUAAUCUCAGGCCAGUGGAAGAGAAUAUCUUGACUCUCAGUCUCUCGGUAGCUGAGUUGCCAUCAUUCCAUCUCAAGUUCGAGAACCGCAACCAGUUGAAACUAUGGCAGCAAGCUCUCCUAGACUUGAACGCCGUUGAAAGCUCCCCAGUCCGUAGCCCGGAUUACGACUUCUCGGAAACGGAGGAAGACGAUUGGCAAAGAGUUUCGAAUCCAAAAAGAGUCUCAUCUGUUAAUUCUUCCUCGUAUGGAGGGGGCAGAUCGGCGACAACAGCACCAACAGAAUACACAAACAGUGGCAAGGGUACGCGAUUACCAUCAGCCGUUCACGUUCCGUUCGAUAUUGUUGUCGUGGUCCCCAUAUCUUCGUCUAUGCAGGGUGUCAAGAUCAGCCUGGUUCGGGAUGCUCUAAAAUUCAUGGUAGCAAAUCUUGGAGAACGGGACCGCAUGGGUCUGGUUACGUUCGGAUCUAGUAACGGAGCCGCGCCCUUAGUUGGCAUGACUUCAAAGACUUGGGGCGGGUGGUCGGGUAUUUUGGCUUCGAUAAGACCUGUUGGUCAAAAGAGCCACCGAGCUGAUGUUGUCGAGGGUGCGAAUGUGGCCAUGGACUUGCUUAUGCAACGCAAGUCAAACAACCCAAUCGCGACAAUCCUCUUGAUCUCUGAUUCAUCAACCUCGGAUGCCGAGAGUGUUGACUUCGUUGUAUCAAGAGCUGAGGCAGCGAAGAUCGCCAUUCAUUCGUUUGGUCUCGGAAUGACCCACAAGCCAGAUACCAUGAUCGAAUUAUCGACCCGAACGAAGGCAUCCUAUACCUACGUUAAGGACUGGAUGAUGUUGCGAGAAUGUGUUGCUGGAUGCUUGGGCUCUCUACAAUCAAUGUCCCAUCAAAAUGUCAAGUUGAAGCUUAGGUUGCCUGAAGGAUCGCCGGCAAAAUUUGUCAAGAUCAGCGGCGCGCUUCAGAUCACGAAACGAGCCACAGGGAAAGAUGCCGAAGCCUCCUUAGGGGACCUUCGAUUUGGUGACAAGAGGGAUAUUCUCGUGCAAUUGGUUAUUGCCCCGGACAAUGCUUCACAGGAACAACUACCGCAGGACCCUUGGGAGACAAUAGUUUCUGGGCUCGAAGCCCUCGGUGGUCCUCUUGACCAGGAGGAUCAACGAACAAUGUCCAUCGAAGAACUCCCUCUUGUCCAGGCCGACCUGACUUGGGGCGAUAUCCUCCGGGAUGGUACUCUAACUCAUCUUCCUCGCCCCUCCCUCCUCGCUAUAACCAUGCUUCCCGCAAGUUCCAAGAAAUCGUCUAGUUGGAAGGACUCACCACCUAUUCCUCCACAUCCAAGUGUUGUCCAACGACGAAUGGAACUCUUGACUUCCGAUAUGCUUACCCGUGCGCUUACCUUGGUAUCGCGGGGACAGCAUGACCGAGCACAGCACCUUCUUAAUGAAACUCGCUCCAUUCUGAAGGGGUUAGGCAAAGGCGGCCUUCCACCUAUUCCCCCCACCCCGAUGAAGGCGUCUAGUCAGUCUGGCAAUACAGAGUCCUCAUCUCCAACCUCAUCCGGCACCCCCGAUCGCCGCAGAACCCCGUCCCCCACAUCUGCAACCACCGUUACCAUGAGCCAGACGCCCUCGAGUGCUAUCCGAACUCACCAGUCAAAUGACGCUCUAUCGAUGAACUCCUCGCCUGGAAUUGACGCAAUCACCGUUUCGGCUCUUGACGCAGAACUCGAAUCCAGCUUAGAAUGGAUCAAUCACCCUGCAGUGUUCGGACGAGAUAGCAGGAAAGCCGUCCUCCAAGCUAUCGGUAUUAUUAGCAGCCAGAGAGGCUAUACCUUCCGCACUCCCGUCGAAAGUCUCUGGUCUGGCCGAGUUACCGGUGUAAAGCGAAUGACUGAGCGAAGUCGAGAGUGGCGCGAGGAAGGUGGUGGCGAAGGUGGAAUCAUGGAAGAGAGUUAA